CUUAGGGUUUUUUCAUUUUGGUCUUCGUUUCCUCCCUUCCAAACCUCUAAGCUCUCUCCUUCUCAGUCGCCGAAACCAGAGGCUCUGUGUGCGCCAUCGCCAAACCGCUCUGAGCCAUCAUCUCUCUGAGCCAAACCUACCUUUCUCUCAUCCUUCCUCUCUCUCAUCCUCUCUGACAGAAGCUCUGUCUGCGCCAACAAUCCUCUAUGCGCAAAAUCCCUCUCAGGCAAUCCUCUCUGUCAUCCAGCGCCCUCUCAGCCUCCGCUUCUCUCAGAACCGCCACCUCUCUCAGUCGCCACCAUCUCUCUCAGUCGCCGCCACCUCUCUCAGUCGUCGCCAUCACAGAUUCAGCACAGCAGUUCGCAGCCAUCUCUUCAUUUUAUUUACCUCUCUUUCUCUCUAUCAGGAAAUUGAAUUGGCAGCAGUUGGUGCAGAUCAGCAAAAGAUUUCUGGAGCAGUUUGCAGCUUUUCUGCCACUCUCUGAGACCGAAUUCGACGAGAGCUCCAUCGCUUCCAAUUCCUCUUCAGUUUUAAGACUCUCAGGAAGGUCCCCAAGGCCAGGGUUAAGUGGUAAGCUGUUGUUCAUAUUAGAGUUUGAGCGAGAUGAAGGCGGUUGUGGGGAUGGUAGUUUCCAAUAAGAUGCAGAAGUCGGUGGUGGUGGCGGUGGACAGGCUGUUCCAUCACAAGCUUUACAACCGGUAUGUGAAGAGGACCUCCAAGUUCAUGGCCCAUGACGAGCAGAAUCUGUGCAACAUUGGAGACCGAGUGCGGUUGGACCCAUCGAGGCCUUUGAGCAAGCGUAAGCAUUGGGUUGUGGCUGAAAUCCUCACCAAAGCACGCAUCUAUCAGCCUCCUUUACCAUCUGAUUCAUUUUCAGCUUCACCUCAUUCUACUUCUUAAGGUGAAGCUUUUUGAAAGGCAUCCGAGAGAGUGACUAGACGUUAGAUUUAGCCACAGAAAAGUUUCCGUUUCUUGAAUAUUUUUCUUGUAUGGUUGAAUGUUUCUCUUAUAAUCUAAAGCCUAAAAUAGGAGUGAUUUGUACCUCUACAAUUCUUUAGAAUGUGUAGUGCAAUUGAACGUGCAUGAAAAUGUUGUUGCAAAGUUUUCAUAUAUGCGAUUUAAGCUUAAAGUGA